AGUACCAAAGGCAACGCUCGACCUGCCGUGGACUCAAGAGACUAGCUAAAUUUAAUAUCUUUAUGACUGAUGCAGCUUCUUUUUUCUUGGUUCAGUCAGGAAGUCAACCUUGUGCUGGAUUCAUGACAGUGUUCUUUAGUGUAAUAAUAGCCUUUAAACCAUUUUUACCUGUCCACUGCUGGAAUGGACUGAGUUGACAGAGAGUGAGUAACCAGAGAGCAGGAGGAGAAAGCAGACUAAUUUGGGAUGACUUUCUAUCAAAAGGAACUACAGUUGACCCAGCCAAGAGAACAAGACAACUGAGGGAGGCUCAUCAAUACACUUCAGUUUUCCUGCUUGGUGAGUUGGACACAGUCUCAUGGAUACCCCUUCAAUGGUCCUACUGGGGCUCCUUCUCGCUUAUGGCCUAGUCUGUCAGAUUCAGGGGAGUGUCUCAGACAGCCAGAGCUAUACGGGAGCCCAAGAAUUUGACAGCAGUGAUGAUGGUCUGGAGAGAGAAUUUCUUUAUGCAGGAAGGAGCAAACGUGCUCCCGCUGAACAACCACAAGACAAAUGCUCUUACACUUUCAUUGUACCACAGCAAAAAGUGACGGGAGCUAUCUGCGUCAACUCCAAGGAGCCAGAGGUCACGCUGGAGAAUCGUGUGAACAAGCAGGAUUUAGAGCUCCUCAAUGUGGAGCUGCAAAAACAGAAGAGGCAAAUCGAGACUCUUCAACAACUGGUUGAAGUUGAUGGAGGCAUUGUUAAUGAGGUCAAGCUUCUUAGGAAGGAAAGCAGAAAUAUGAAUUCCAGAGUUACCCAGCUGUACAUGCAACUCCUCCAUGAGAUCAUCCGAAAGAGAGACAAUGCCCUUGAAUUAGCUCAGGUAGAAAACAGGAUACUUAACCAAACUUCAGAGAUGCAAACACUUGCCAGUCGCUAUAAAGACUUGGAGCACAAGUACCAGCACUUGGCCUCUUUGGCCACCAACCAGUCAACUCUUAUUGCACUGCUGGAGGAGCAGUGCCAGGGUCGAACUCCUCCCCGACAUGUCCCGGUGCCACAGCCACGGGCUCAGCCGCCUCGACCGUCACCGCCUCUUAACAAACCAUACCAGCCACCAGUCCUUCCUCGUAUUAACAAACCGCUCAGCAAUGAAAUACAGAGUGAUCAGAAGUCUCUACCACCUCCAACUAUGCCUACAAUCACACAUGACCCAUCUUCCACUGACAAACCCUCUGGUCCAUUUAGAGACUGUCUGCACGCUCUGGACGAAGGCCACAGCCAUAGCGGCAUGUACUUGUUAAAACCAGAGAAUGCCAACCGUCUAAUGCAGGUGUGGUGUGACCAGAGACAUGACCCAGGUGGCUGGACCGUAAUCCAGAGGAGAGUGGAUGGCUCUGUCAACUUUUUCAGGAACUGGGAGACGUACAAGCAAGGAUUUGGAAAUAUCGAUGGCGAGUACUGGCUUGGCCUGGAAAAUAUCUACUGGCUGACUAACCAGGGAACCUACAAACUGCUGGUAACUUUGGAGGACUGGUCUGGCCGAAAGGUGUUUGCCGAGUACGCAAGCUUCAGAGUGGAGGCCGAGGCUGACUACUACAAGCUACGAGUUGGUCGUUAUCAUGGCAACGCCGGCGACUCUCUCACCUGGCACAAUGGAAAACAAUUUACAACACUUGAUAGAGACCAUGAUGCAUAUACAGGUAACUGUGCCCACUACCAAAAGGGAGGCUGGUGGUACAACUCCUGUGCCCAUUCUAAUUUAAAUGGCGUUUGGUACAGAGGUGGACAUUACCGAAGCCGUUACCAAGAUGGAGUUUACUGGGCAGAGUUCAGAGGAGGAGCAUAUUCACUUAAGAGAGUAAUCAUGAUGAUCCGUCCAAAUGCAAACACAUUCCACUAAGUUAUAGUAAAAAAAAAAAAAAAAAAAAAAAAAUUAAAACAAAAACCUGGCUUCAUUUCUAUGUUUUCCUGCAACAAAACACAAAUGGUGAAAGAUCCACAGUGUAUUACCAACUUACAGUAGUAUCCUGUAUUAAUUGAAUUGGUACUGGUUCAUUGCUCAGGUAUUGUACAUGAAUUAUAAUGAAAUGUUUUAUGUCCCGCCUAUUUGCACCCAUCUAAUAGAGACUUAAGAAGACAUGCUGCAUUUACAUCAUGGUCAGUGGCAGAUGAAACCCAAAUUUAUUUGCCUGAAUGUAACUGCAAAGGGUCUCCAUUUAAUUUGCAUUAUAACUGGAAUGUCUGUCUAGGGAACAAACCAAAAACAAGCACUAUAUUUAGAGCUUAGUGUAUGGGAUUCAUUUGGUAUAUUCCACAAAGAUAAAGUUACAUUUUAGUUGAGCAUUGUGGGUAAGAAACACAAGUUCUAUCUAUUUUAUGUACGGUUUUCCCCUAUUAGAAUAAGUUGAAUACCAUCCAAGCACAUGUAUUGUUGAAAAACAACAAUUCACAUUGUCAAAUAUGGUUGAUUGAGUCUUCAAUUCAUCUAACAUGCAUGCGGUUGGAAUGUGAAGGGAAGCUGGAGAAAAGUGCAAUGAGAAAACCCACACAAGCAGAAGGAGAACAUACAAAGUACACCCAAGGGGUUCUGACCAAAGAUCCAAAGGGAGGACCUCCUUACUGUGACUAUAUCACUAUACUGCCAAAGUUUAUCCAAACUUAAAAAUUAUAUCUCAAAGGAAAUCCCUCAAGUUACUACUUUUUCCCCCUGUUUUGAGACAGAAAAAUUUCAAUAUAUUUUCCUCAUGAAGUAUACCCAUUUAUACAAAUGCAGUAUCAGACACAGGAAAUGUAUCCCAUGACUAUUUUUAGCUUCAUUCUAAUUAGAAGUUUAUCAUUCAUCAGAGCAGUGAUAUUGUUUUUUUACAUGGGCACCGUUGAAAAAUCUGCCCAAGUCCAACUAUGAUGUAAAAUGUCGGUAAUAAUAUUCCACGAUGUUUGACUGUGUUACAUAGAGAAUGUCACAUUUUCUUUUCAUUUUAAUUCAUCAGCUGUUGAACAUAAAUUAUCCACCAAUUUGCUUGUACGAAGCAAGCAUUGUAUUUACUGUAUAAAUCGAGAGGUUUGUUGUCAUUGGAAAGGAAUAUACAUUUGUACAUAAGAUAUUUGUAAUAUAAUGUCAUAGAUCAAUGUUUUGAACAAAAUUGCAAUAAAAUUUGUACAGAUAAACUUUCCCCUCAUUUAAUGGGGAAAAACAGCCAACGAAAUCCGUAUAAUCAUAUGUGGAAACAUGCUUUAUGAUUGCAUGCAUUAUGAUGAUCUUUUCAAGAUAUCUUGAUUUUGUGGCCCUAGCCUGGGAUAAUGACAAGAUUUACAGGGGAUGUUGGUAAUUGUACUAGGCUGUGAGCUUUACAGUCAUCAGUCUCAUAUUCUCAUAGGAAUGAAUUUGAGUAUAAUGACUAUAAGUGCUCCCAUUCAAGGAUUUAGAGAAAAUGUGUAUUUUGAUGACCACUUCAUAUCCCUAGUCAUAGACUUCAUAAUAUAUUGACGGGACACGGGGCCGAUUCACAGGGAGCCUAUCUCCAUCAAAGCUGACCGAGUGGAAACCCAGACAAAGAGCUUUUUACGUCGAAAAUUCUUGUGGAUAAAUGAAUCUUUAUAGAUAUGGACGUAUAACAGUCUCGAUUCUUGGUUAAAAGCAAA